AUGUCACAAGCCGUUCCUAUACCUCGACCAGCAAUAACCACGACUUCUUCAGGUAGUUUUCGUACUAGGUCACUAGCUGUUUCAGCUGCACAUCGAUUAGCUGCAUCACCUCGAUCAGUAAAUUCUGAUACUUCAACUAUACACGGUACAUCCCCUGAGCACACAUAUGGUGGGAAUGGACACGAUUAUGAACACGAUGUGGAGUCUGGUCACGGACAUACAGAUGUUAUAUCACCUCAUUCGUCAAACUCACCUCUGUCACCUAUCUCACAAAGAAGUGGAGGGAUGAGACAUAGGGUGCAUCAUAAAAAACAUAAAGAAAGACAAUAUCGAUGGAUGUCAACCAUGGCCGCAGGUGGUGGGACAGGCGAUGAACCUGGUGUAGAUGUCAAAUCAAAAAGGGAUGAGGAAGCAUACGGUCAUUUGAAGAAUAAGACUAAAGUCACAAUUGUAGAUUACUCCUCCAAUCCGGAUGAAGAUAACACAAACCUCCGAUGUGAAUUCGAGGGCGAGAGACUGCGAGAAUGGUUGGAUAGCGAUCAUGGGAAACGAAGAACUGGCGAAGAUGGGAAGCCGACUGGUGUAAGGUGGCUCCACAUCGAUGGAUUGAAUUGGGAGGUUAUAAAGACUCUUGUACUGCACUUUGGGCUACAUCCCCUCGCCGUAGAAGAUGCAUUAAGGGCCACAAACACACCUCGAUCAAAACUCGAUUUCUACAGGAAUCAUUUAUAUCUUCAAAUACUGAUACAUCACACGACACCAUCUGAUGAAGUAAGACUAUCGAUAGCCGCAGAUGAAAUGGCUCGAGAUCGACAUAACGGUUUCACAGAUGAUGAUGCGAGUGUUUUAGGUGACGAUGAGGCACAUACAAGAACAGGUUUAAGGGGGAAAUUGAGUGGUUUUCUCUCAAGGAAAAGAGAAGAGAUGCAUAAACCAAGAUUACCUGAAGGUGUCGAAGGUGUUUUCGAGCCUAGUUUGGUUACAACAAGACCUCACGGUCGACAUAUGACUUUCGAGAAACAAGCUCAUACUCUCACCGUAAAUGAGUUGAGUGCUAAGUAUAUGGUGCCAAUUCGUAGAGGUAUCUUGAGUCUGUUCAUGCUUCGUGAUGGUACUCUGAUCACUAUGGAUGCCAAACCUACUCGCGAAGUUCUUGCCCCUAUAUAUCACAGAUUAGAGGAUGAGUCCAGUUUGUUAAGGAGAUCUGGAGAUGUCAGUAUGCUGGCGCAAGCUAUUUUGGAUGUCGCCGCCGACUUGGCAAUCGAGAUCUCGCAAACGUUUGAAUCAGAAAUCCUCAAAUUGGAAGCUUCUGUCUUGGUUAACCCACAGAUGGAGACUGUCAGGCACCUGCACAUCUUAUCUUCUCAGCUGAUCCGUCUUCGACGGUCUCUCACUCCCCUUCUCCAUGUCUGCUACAUCGUCCGAGACCAAGAUGCUCAAAGAUCUGUGGCCGCAAGUGCAAUGGUACCGACUGGGACGAGACAAGGCUCAGCUGGCGGUAAUCUGAAUGGAAACGGUGAAAAGGGACAGGGAAUUUACCAUCAUGGAAUGCAGACGCAACACUCCCACCUACAACUCAACUUGACACCCAGCUCCCAGCAGAACAAUUCUGCUGGAGGUUAUAUGGGUACAGCAGUUUCCCCUUCUCCCUCAAGAUCUGGCACACCUAUGCCCGGCUCAGGUCGCGAGAAAGACAGAGAUGAUACAGCCAGUGUAUUGAGCAUGUUCGGUGUCAACCCUGCUCAAGCAAGCUUUGUCGGUUUCUUUUCACCCAUGACUAAAGUCUAUAUGGGUGAUGUUAUCGAUCAUCUAGAGAUUACGGUAGGGAGUCUGGAACAAUUCGUGAACACCUGUGAUCAUUUGACGGACUAUGUGUUUAAUGUGUUGAGUUUCCAGACUAACGAAUCGAUGGAAAGGUUGAGUAUCGUUACGGUAGUCUUCUUGCCUCUAACGUUCAUAGCGUCUUACUUUGGUAUGAACUUUGACGAUUUUCCGGAACUUCAUCAAUCCGUUUCAUACUUUUGGAAAGUGGCUAUUCCGUGUACUACCGCAUUCUUCGUAAUCUUCUCAUUCGGUUAUCUCAAAGCUUUCGCAGAAACUUCGUUCAGGAAAGUAAGAAGAUGGAGAUGGAUGAUGUUGUUAGGUGGGGGGAAAGCAGCUACGGCAAGAAGGGCAGGUGGUAUCAAGAGGAGUUAA